AUGCAUACCCCAUCACCACAACUCCUUCGCGCCCUGCGCACCACCCUAAAUACCCGCCCUAUUCUGCGAUUCAAACCUGCCCCAUCUAUUCCGCGCCGCAACACCAGCACCGCCGUGCGACCCACGCGCAUGAUCCCCCGCUCUCACACUCACAAGCCCGCAUCACACGACCGUGGCCCUCAAUCAGAAGAAACUACCCAGACAGACUUCAACGCCCUGAAUGUGCUCGGCGGUGUCGAGGCCCCUACUACAGGCAUCGACGCCUGCCUUGACUCCGGGUUCCAUCUGAACAGCGGUUUGAAGAUUACUGGUAAAUCAGGAUUGAUGCUUGUGGGUGGUGAAGCGUUCGCUUGGCGGCCGUGGAAGGUAUCUGAGGGUAAUUUCGAAGAUGAGCGUGCUGCUAAGGCCAGCAUGAUCAAUGCUAAGGGACAGUUUGAGCUGGGGGAAGAGGCUUGGGGGCUGUUGAGUGUUGUCUGGCCAAGACCUGAUAUGCUCAUUCUUGGCCUGGGUGCCUCUAUGUAUCCCUUGUCGCCUGAAACGAAGCGUCAGAUCAACUCGCUGGGGAUUCGUGUGGAUAUUCAGGACACUCGCAAUGCGGCGGCACAGUUCAAUCUAUUGGCUACUGAGCGUGGUGUGAACGAGAUCGCGGCUGCGAUGCUGCCGAUCUCAUGGAAGGGAAGAUCGUGA